CAGGUCGUCGUUUAGUUAGUACCAUGUCACCGAUACAGUACGUGGUGUUAUUGUAUUUUUUAUUCGCGGGAAUAACAGCUGAAAAACUUACAAAUGAGGAACUCUUCCAACUGCCCCCUGUCUUCCAUUUGGAUGACUAUAACAAAUGUCUAUCCGUUAAGGAUGGAGUGUAUUGUCUCGGAGAGUUCGAACUGACGCCAAAACAUGAACCUAAUCAUCUAUACAAUUUAAUGAAGAGACAUUCUGAAAACCGCUACAACUUCAAUCGUACACGGAUCCACCGAGGUUACUGCAUCAGCGCUGACAGUCCAUCUAUAGAGCAGAAUAUCACACAUAGAUUCGAAAAAUAUGUCGAAGCUUACGCUCAAACACAUGAAAUGCACGCGACAUUAAGCGAACUGCACUAUUGCAGAACUUAUACUGAUAGAAAUAAUUUUAAGCCUAGUUUUGAACAGAAUUUAUUUGUGCAAGUUGUGUGUGCUAUUGUUGUGUUAAAUUUGAUAGGAACAGCUUACGAUAUGACGACUGGAGAUGCGCCUGAAAAAAAUAAACUUCUGACGGCCUGGUCUAUACCUGCCAAUUGGAACAGGCUUACAUAUAUAUCUAAAGAGAGCGAUCCACGAAUUAAAGCCUUAAUGCCUAUGCAAGGGGCCAGAAUAGCGGGAUUAGCACUAAUAAUGUUCGGUCAUGCCAGGGCGAUGUUGUUCAUGAUGUACACGAGUAGUCCAGAAGAAUUGGAAGGCCUACUCCACAGCCCUGAAGGAGCAGAGUUAUCAAACGGAACAAUUCUGGUUCAUUCAUUUCUUUUACUCACCACUUUAUUAACAAGUUAUCAUUUUUUGGUGUACUCGAAGAAGAAUAAACUAGGUCUCUUUAUGCUACCGAUGUGCAUCUUCAAGAGGAUUAUCAGGAUAAUUCCAGUCCACAUCCUCAUGGUUGGGUACGCGUCAACCUGGUGGGGGACCGAACGCGACGGCCCUCUGUCCUCGAUUAUUGAGGGACACACCAAAGUGUGCCGCCAGAAGUUCUGGUCUCACCUCUUCUUCGCCAACAACAUUGUUGAUAAGGAGAAUCACUGCCUCUUACCUACUUGGUACCUGCCAGUAGACCUGCACCUGUAUAUAUUAGCAUGUAUCCUCACUCUUAUAAUGUGGCGAUAUCGUCGUCAAGCCAUGAUGUUAUACGCAGCGUGCUUCGUGCUCACAAUACUUCAGAACGUCGUGAUGUGCUACACUCACGAAUGGAGUUCUGCAGUCCAGUUCAUCACGCCUGAGAAUCUAAGAAGAAUGUUUAACGGUGUGGAAUCAUUUUCCCACUUCUAUAUAUCGACGUGGGCAGCCUUGCCUACCUGUUUCAUGGGAUUGUUUAUGGGACAUUUGCACUUUGAACUCCAAGAGAAAGGGUUCAAAGGCAACGAUCAUAAGUGGUUCGUAUUUCUGCACUAUAUAUCGGUGCCGAUUGCCGUGCUGUGGCAGAUCAAGGCUGGAAUGUAUGCCACAAAGCACACGUCAUUGGAAUUCACAGCCUCCUUCAUAGCUAUCGACAGACUUGUGUACUUCGCUUCGGCAUUCUUCUUCAUAUUUGGCCUCAUAAAUGUUGAUGGUCCUUUAAAACGGUUCUUUGGAUGGGAAGGAUGGCAACCGUUGGCGCGCAUGUCCUUGGCAGUGAUGUUGCUCCACUGGAUCAUCAAUAUGGUGAUUGCUGCCCGUCCUAACAUAUAUGGGACUUCUACCUUUGAUACUAUGUUGGAUUGGAUAGCUACUUUUGUCAUGUCCUACGUCAUCGCAGUGCCCGUGACUGUACUCUGCGAGAUACCGAUGCAGAGGUUCUUUAAUGCACUCCUGUGAUUACGUAUAAUGUUAAUGACUACCGGUGGCUAGGAACCUGAGUCUCGACAUCAGAGUGUGAUUCAGUUCUCACGAUAUUUCUAUAUCCAUUGAUAUAAUAUAAUAUAUAAAUGUAAAAAUACUUUCAAAAUAAAGAAAAUAAUAAUAAUACUAGCUUUGUAUUAUAAUUACUCCCCACUACUGAGCAUGGGCUUCUUCUAUAACUGAGAAGGUUUAGGUAUUGAUCCAUCACCAUGGCCUU